GCCGCCGGUUUUUAUCCCGUUGGCUUCUCCAGGUAAAUGAACCCAAACAAAUCCUCUCUCCUUCCUUCCGCCUUCAUCCGUCUCUCCUCAGCACGUUAGUGUGCGCCAGCGACGCGCUGCCGUCUUCAAACGCCCCUGCCGUCCGCCGAGGACCUCACAGCGGCGCUCCGGGGAGGAUAAAGGUGAAGUAUUGGUGAUUUAAGAUGAGCUCCGCCUGUGUUUUGCUCCGGCCGUGAAGCAGAAAGAGAGAGAGAGAGAGAGCAACAACAGAGGACACGCACAGAUCCUGACUCCUCCCCUCCUCGGCUCACUCUAUGAUAUGACAUCACCCAGCGGUUGCCACAGAAACCUGCGCUCCACUGCAGACAGUUGACAGCCAGGCAGGUGCUGUGAUGGCUGCCCAGGUGGAAAUCGAGGCUGGCCGGCUGCUUCUGAGCCCCCUGACCGACUCCAGUAAUAAAGGCCUCAUGGAGGGCUCACCUGGACCGCAAUCUUCUCUCAUCAUCAGCCCAGAGCCGAGGAAACCCGUCCCAGGCCCCAAACCCAGACUGACCCCAAAACCUUUUGCUGUGGAGAGAAACCCGACAAUACGUCCCAUUGUCGCCCCCAAACCUCAUCCCAAGCCUAGACCUGAACCUACUCAUCUAGCUUCCCCUAAACCGGACAAACCAGAACCUCCAAGUGCCCCCAAACCACAGCCAGCCAGCAAACCCAAGCCAGCGAGUGGACGGCCAACUUCAACUUCUUUUAAACCUGGUCCUACACCUGGUGCAGGCCAGGCCAGCAAACCAGCGGCCCAGACUUUGAAGCCAUCACCUACUACAGAACCCAGCAAACCCACACCAACUCAGACUGGAAGUGUCUUUAGAAGAACAAAUUUGGGACCCUCCACGUCUCUGCCCAAAUCCAGCAUCAGUCCACCACGUCCUGCUGCGGAAUGGUCUGGGGCUUCUAGACCUAAACCAGCCGGAGCUCCUAUCACUAGGGCCAAAUCCAUGGGCUUCUUACCUGGAGCUGGGACUGAAGGUGAUGGAGACAAAGAAGCAGAUGACGUCUUCACACCCCAAGAAACUGGCUCCAGAAGCUCCAGACCAAGGCCAGUUUCUGCCAUUUUUCUUCAAGAUGCACCCCAAUCAGAGACCAAAACCACCGCAGCUCCAACUCCAGCACCCCGCUGGAUGGCUAGACGUCCACUUUCAGCUGACCUCACAUCCAAAUUCGAGUCCAUUGGACUUUCGCUGCACCGGCAAAGGCCGACAAAGGCGGAGAGCAAGGAGAACACUCCAGAACCUUCGGCACAGGACGUUACAGCACCGGAAGAUGUGGGAUUCAAAGACAAAGAGCCAGGGGAGAGUGACGGGAAGGUCAAAGCGUCUAGUUCGGAGAAGAAGGAACCCGAAGGGGAGGAUACAAAGCUGGAGGAAAAGGGAGGAAGUAGCAUAAAGAGGAGGAUCAGCCUUCUUCUCGACUCCUCCUCCUCGUCCUUUUCUGUGCCUGUUACGAAGGGGGUGGAGUCCCGGCCACCGGCGCAGCCGAUCGCAGACACGGACGGAACCGUAGGGGUCAAACAGCGAAUCAAGGAGCUGACCGAAGACUUGUCCACUGCGCCAGCCCCGCCCCAGAAACCUCAGUUUAAGCCCCGCCCACUGCCCACAGAUCUUACCAAACGCUUUGCGUCGGAUGCGGAGAGCCCCAGCUCCGCUGAGCCCAGAGGCCUUCAGGAGGGCGCUGAAGAUCUCAGCAGGAAGUCUGAGGACCCCUUUUCCACUGGACUGUCAAAGACCUUUGAUGACAGAAGGCUACAGGACGACUUGUCUGUCCUGUCUCCUAGCAGCAGUGGGAUGCAAACAGUCCGAGCUUCGAUGUUUGAUAAUGUGGUGGAAAGGCACAGUGUUCAAAUGGUGGAGGACAGCAGCAGCUCUGCAGGUCCAGUGGUGAAGCCCAUGCCUAGACGGAAUAUCUCUCUCCGAGCUAAAGCAGACAGCGUCCCUAAAGCUCUGAAGGAUGAAGAGGAUAGUAGUUUGGUCACAGCAACUUACAGGGAGCCGGAGUCGCCCUCCAGCCCCCAGCGAGUGGAGCACGUUUUCGACACCUUGGCUGCUGUUGAAGAGAUUCGUGCAGUCAGUGAGAGCGUACCGGCCGCUCACCUAGAAGACCGGGCUCUCACUCUCCGUUCUCGAAGGUCUGAGGGGUCAGAAAAGCCGCAGCAAGCAAUUGGAGGUCUAGCUGAAGAUAGCUUAAUCCUGGGAUACAACAACCAGUUUAAGGAUAAAGAUGUACUUCCAACUGACUCCACUACAGAGCCUUGUACCACCCGGGUCCUCAGAGUGGGGGCGCUGCACAAGUGGGUGGAAUCAGAAACUAAGGAUGUGGAGAGUGAUAAGCAGAGAGAGAUGGUGAGGAAGAUGGAGGAAGAGAUCCAGAGGCAGAUGGAGGUUCACAUGGCUGCCAGAGCUGACUUGGAAGAGGAGGAGCGGGAGGCGGAGAGGCAGAGGCACGUGGAGGCGGAGAGGCAGAGGCAGGUGGAGGCGGAGAGGCAGAGGCAGGUGGAGGCGGAGAGGCAGAGGCAGAUGGAAGCGGAGAGGCAGAGGCAGAUGGAAGCGGAGAGGCAGAGGCAGAUGGAAGCGGAGAGGCAGAGGCAGAUGGAAGUGGAGAGGCAGAUGGAAGUGGAGAGGCAGAGGCAGAUGGAAGCGGAGAGGCAGAGGCAGAUGGAAGCGGAGAGGCAGAGGCAGAUGGAAGCGGAGAGGCAGAGGCAGAUGGAAGCGGAGAGGCAGAUGGAAGUGGAGAGGCAGAGGCAGAUGGAAGCGGAGAGACAGAAACAGGCAGAGAGAAGAAGGGAAAGAGAAGAAGCAGCAGCAGCCGCCAAAAGGCCGAAGAUGGUAGAAACUGAAGAGCAACCAACACCCAGGCCAAGGGCCACCUACUUUGCUCUAACGGGUCAGUUAAAUGAGACCGUACACCAGACAGCCGGAGUGGAUCAGCGAGGGAAAACUGAGGAACAUGUGAAGACAGAAGUGCCGUUUGAUGACUUUUCUGUAAAAAGUGGCAGGUGGGGCUAUCCAAGUAGAUCAGCUUCCAUAAGAAGAAACCCUUCGAUGGACCCUACGCUUCUAAAACGUUCGGCAGAGGAAUGGCGGAGAAGUGAAGGUAGAGAAAGAACGCAAAGGAAUUCAACACCACUGAAAGAUAAAGCAAUAGAGGAGGGUCUGGAGAUGGAGAAGCAGAAGCUAGCAGAGUAUGAAAGGAUAAAAGACUUGGAGAGGCAGAAGAAACAGAGGGAAUUGGAGAUUGAGAAACAGAAAGAAAUUGAAAGGGAACGAAAGAAGGAAAUGGAAAGGCAAAGGGAGUUGGAGAAUGAAAGAGAGAGAGAAAGGGAGAUGGAACGUCAGAAGGAGAUCGAGAAACAGAGGGAACUGGAGAGGCGAAGGGAACUUGAACGACAGAAACAACUGGAAAAGGAACGUCAAAAACAGAUAGAAUAUGAGAAGAGGAAGGCAGCAGAGAGGGAACUCGAACAACAAAGGGAGUUUGAGAGACAACGACAGAAGGAAUAUGACAGAGAGAAGGAGAGAAUGUUGGACCAGGAAAGGCUAAAGAUGAGAGAGUUUGAGAAACAGAAAGAAAUCGAAAGACAGAAACAGAAGGAGAUUGAGAGGCAGAAAGAGCUGGAAAUGCAGAGAGAGCUGGAAAGACAGCGAGAACUGGAGAGACAGAGGGAGCUUGAGAAAGAAAGGCAGAGACAGAGGGAACUUGAAAGGCAAAGAGAGCUUGAAAGACAGAAAGAACUGGAAAGGCAAAGGGAGCAGGAGCGACAACAGGAACUAGAAAGACAGAAACAGAAAGAGCUGGAGCACCAGAGGGAGAUGCAGUGGUGGAUGCAGUCGGAACGACAGAAAGCAGAGGAAAGAGAGAGGCAGAGAGAGCGAGAAGAACUUGAGAGACUCAGGGAGCUUGAGAAACGUCAGCUUCUUGAGUUCCAGCAGCAGAAAGAGAGUGAGAGACGAGCUCAGCAGGAGAGAGAGAAGGAUAAACAUGCUGCAAGGCCGAAUAAAGAAAGAGAUGAAGAGUUGCAGAGGGUGGCUGAAUGGAACAAGCAGGAGAAUGAACAAGAAAGGAGAACAGCAGGGUCUCCUUUAAGGCCGAAAGUGCUAGAUCUAGAUUCAGUUUCUUUGGGUGAUAGGGAUGGAAGCCCCACAGGCAGAUGGAAGCAACCUUCACCUCAUGCUGAGGAAGCGUACAGACCAUCUAUCCUGGACAUAGAUUCCUUCAGGAACCAAACACAACCUGAGGCUUCUGUGGACCCUUUUGGUAUGCCAGAAUUUGCUUUGACCAAACCGGUUACUCCAGUUCACCCUCAAACCUUGCUGCAGAAUCUCCAGCCCAACACAGUCCCUCAACACCAGCAACAGGGUAUCCCUCAGCCUCAAUACCAGCUUCAGCAACAAUUCCAAUCUCAGCCAAUUCAGCCUCAAGCCCCCUUGCAGAAUCUCCAACCCAGCACGAUCCCUCAUUACCAACAACAGGGUAUUCCUCAGCCUCAGUACCAGCUUCAGCCUCAGUUUCAGUCACAACCCAACCCUGCUCCCCAGCCUGUGUACCAGCUGCCUCAGUUCCAGUCUCAACCACAGCCUUCCUUCCAUCCUUCCGAGCAAGCAAAUCAGCAAACACCCCUGCAACCCCAAACCUUUGGUGCAGAAAGACCUAAAACACAACCCCAGGCCUUUUCUCAAUUAGACUGGGCCUCUGGAGUCUCCCAGCUUGGCUCAGGGUGGCACUCUUCUCAAGCGGCACCUUGGGGUAUGUCGCAGGGUGAAGUUGCCGUGGAUGAACCUCCGUGGAUUACUGCCACAGAAGGCUCCAGAAGACCCAUUAGCACAAGGCUGAGCGUAGAGCAGAUGCUUCAACGGCAAGAAGACAGAGUUUCAGGAUCUGUCCUGAGCCCAACUUCAGCACCCUCAGUGACCCCAAUACAAACCCCUGCUUUCGCAUCUUCAGUGGUUUCAAACCAAGGUCCUACUAUGCCACCUGUGUCCAGCAUAGGAACCUCCCCGUUCUCACUUUUGACUCCAGAGAGAGUCUGGACCACACCUACAGACGGAGCUUCUGCGCCAGCCUCCCUGCCCAGGAGAGAGGCCCAGACCUCUUUGGCGGUUGAACCAAUCUGGACACCAAAUUGGGAGCUGGCAUCCCAGGAACUGAACCAGGCACAGCAAAGGAACAAAGGGACUCAGGAUGCGUCACGGAUGCGAUCAAGGAGCGUUAGCCGGCGGUCCGCUCCCGCCGAGAGUUCUGUAGACGGCCCACUGUCGCGGAUCAGGAGCCGCAGUGCGCACAGAGAGAGAGUGCGGCCCAGCUGGGAGCAGGUGAAGCAGAGUGGACAUGAGGAACCUAAGGACACUGACACUUUGGUGCAAGAGACGGACAGUCAGUAUGGGACAUGGGACACGGGGCUGCGCACGGACGACAGUCUGACACCAGCUACCCCUUCGUCUGACGGCAACCUCACACCGUCUCCACGGAAGCCCGCUCCUACCCACACACCUGAGGAAGCCACACCUGCGGACACUCCCACCAGCCCCGCCCCUUCAGCCGAGGAACCGCCAGAGCCCUUCUCUUUUCCAGAGACCCCCACCGCUCUGUUAGACUCCAGCGCUCUACGAUCCAGAGCACAGCUCAGUAAGAGACUGAGCCGCAGAGCCCCGCCCUCCAGAAACGCCCGCCACAGCGCAGCGCUAGCACAGCUAACCGAGGGGUCGGCGGCGGGAGGUGAAGAAUGGCGCUACAGAGACUCAACAGAAGAUAAAACAGACUCUAAGCCUCAGGAGGAUGAGGAGUCUGACUCUGAGGAGCAGGUCCGGGAGCCCCGAAUGUCCUCUUCCUCCUCCGCCUCUUCCCAACCCCAGAGAGUCUCUCUCUUCCCUGGCAUGGACCCUUCCGCACUCAUGGCCCAGCUGAAGAAGCGAGGUGAUGGAGAGACUCAGCCGGACGGCCCCGCCCCCUUGUCCUCUCAGCUCUCUCGCUCGCCCAAGUCUCCCUUCCUCCCACGAGCCGCGCGCGUGCUGCCCCCCGCUGGUGGCAAAGAAAACGGGGAGGCGUCUUCACCACAGUGGCUGAAGGAGCUCAAAACCAAGAAGCGGUUGAGUCAGUAUGAGAACGACAGCUAGGCCUCCACAAACAAGAAUGCCUUAAAACUGGAGUAUCUGUAGCUGAAACUCGAUGACAGAAGCCUUAACCUUUGACCUGGAGUCGACAGGAAACCCACUGCUGCUGAUUACAUCAUCGUUCUGCUUGUGUUUGACUGGUGGUCCGCUCUCUCUGUGCUCUGCCCCCCCUCAUCCCCCCAUCCGAGGUGUUACACGUGCAUGGUGCCUUCCGAGGAGAUCUGUGACCGACGAAGAUGUACAGUGUCUGUCGUGUGGCUGUCCGUCUGUCUGUGUUAGCGGUGUCUCCUCUGUUCCUCGAUGUCUGUCUUUUUUUUUUUUUUUAAACGUAGAGCCACUUUAUUUAGUGAGCUACAGAAAUGGGCGGGGCUUCUUUGAAAUAUUCAGGAAUAUCCGAGCUCACGGGACCACGCGGCUUGGCAUGACCGGAGGACUGCCCGUUUACUCCACCGUUCACGCCCAUUUGUUUAUUUUUGCAUUUUUAUGUUGACUGUAGUGCGUUUCUCCGUUUGGUUUUUGUUUUAUUCUCCGUGUUUGUUGGGUGUAGGACUACAGACACGGUCUAAUUCCUCGUUUAUAAUAGUCCGUAAAUCAUGGCAGACAGUAUAGACAGUGUAUUUAGUAAAUAAUGCUAAAUGUAAUCAAGAAAUGUUGUAUUUUUGAUGGUUUGAAGGAGUUUCUGUCAAUCAAAACACAAGAGCAAGAUAUAUAUAAAUAUAUUUUUAAACAAUAAAAGUCCUCGUUAGCCCGUCUCAGCGGCGGAUUCUUCUUCUGGAAGGCCUCUUUUAGCGACGUAUGGUAUUGAAGCAAGAUGCUCGUUGGCCGGGAUUCCCCGAUUUGUCCAGAUUAGCAGGGUUUGUUUGUACAGAUUAAACCAGACGGAUGUAUUUUACGUUAGUCGACACAUUUAGACGAGCAUUCCAGCAUAUUCUCUGUUAAUUAACAGACGUUUAACAGUAAACGCGUCGCCGAGAGCUUUGAUUUAUGAACAUUUUACGCGUGCAUGUACAAUCGUUUCUUUUACCCUCACCCCCGAAGUCUUAUAUCGGAAAGCUAGUCUCUGCUUGCUUUGACGAAGGGCCAAAUAUGGAUCGCACAAUCAGAAUUAAAAUGGGUAUCGGUCGUUCUUCCUCUAACUCCCAGCGUGUUCGGACAAGGCGAAGGGCGUCGGACGGGAAGACCGGGGGGAGACACGGCGUUCUGUUUGUAUUCUCACUGUAUUCUUCGUGUCCAGCCUGUUUGGUGUUUACUGACCAGACCAAGGGAUCGUUGGAACUGUACUGUAAGCAACACUGCACAUUCGUUGCCACUCUGUCAGUCCGGUUCACUUGUAAAAUUAACACACAUGAAUUUACUGGUUUGUGGAAUCGCCCCCCUCAACCCCCAAGCACUUUCCAUCAGGUGAUGGACAUCAGUACUGACCAGUAGGCUGCCACUUUAUAAGAGCGUGUUGUUUCACAUGUAACGCAGAGCCUGCGUCGUGUUGGGAUGUGGGAAGUGCGGAGCGGCGAACGAGUCCUGCUUCUUUCCUGUCUGUCUGCAAGUGUUUGUCCAUUCCAGGGUAAUUUUGUCCUCUUUUUAUUUUUUAAACUCACUUUAAAGAUGUAUAUUGCACUGUGUUGCAUUGAAACCAGUGUCUGACUGUAAAUUCAUAAUAAAAAUUUACAAUAAAUUUAUUUUCUUUGCUGCCACUUUCA